CGCUCUCUCUCUCACACACACAUAUACACACACAGACUCUGGUAGUGAGUGGAUGAUCGCAUGAGCAGGAAGCGCUGACCGUACACAGAUAGAGAGAGAAAAAGAGAGACAGAGAGUCAGAGAGAGACAUUCUAGCAUUCACAUUUUCAGCUCAUACUGAGAGAAGACAAACUACAAAGCCACUGCUGAGCUCUUUCCACACUGCUAUGUGGAAGUAAUUCUGAAAAGCAAAGCUCUACUCUAUGUUACUCUGCCCCGGGGACAUUGUUGUUUCUUAUUCAAAUAAAUUGGGAUAUUCGGUGUGACAUGUUGCCCUCGUUUCCACGAGAAUCGUGUCUUUCUUCUGACUGCUCUUUGAACAUGCAGUGCUCUAGCUGUUCCCUGAUAAAGGCUGUUGCUGUUCUCCAGAGGGAAUGACUGAGCAAUAAGGAACCAGGAUUGCUUGCACGUAUGGGACAGUUUUGAAGAAGCAUUUUGAGGCAGAAGAAAGAAAACUGCUCAAGAAAACAUAAAGUUAAGAAAGAAAACAAUAAAGAAACAGACAUAAAAUACUGUUUUGCCGCAAAAUGGAUCUCCCUCCUUUUAGGGGUUUAUCCGAUGUACCGUGAUAUUGGUCAGCCUUGCAGCUCAGCCCCUACCCUGGUGGCCCUAAAAGAAUGGAUCCAGUACCACCUAUUCGGAUGGACCGUGAAAGCUUGGAUCUUCAGCAGGUCCCUGUGUUGUCCAUUGACCAGAUCCGUGCUAUAAGGGCUAAUAAUGACUAUGUGGAACGCCCUGUGGCAAUGGAGCAUGCGUCUCAGGUUGGUUUCAUCUAUACAUAUGAUGAACGACACUCUCAGAUGUCUCGCAGUCAAAGUCAGAACCAACAUUCCCAUUUGGCCCACAUAAGUCGCUCCAGUACCGUGAGCUCCAUGUCUCGUGGCAGUGCUGCUUCAGAUCAGAGACUUCUUACUGGAUUAACGCCUUCCCAUUCUGGUCUAGCGACUGUAGUGAGGUCUCAGCCCAAAGGUGACUUGAAACCCGAGUCUCUGGGCAAAGGACUGGCUGACAGUGAGGACUUGGGCCUGCAUCUCUUCAUCUGUGAACGUUGCGGCCACUGCAAGUGCCAGGAGUGCUGUGCCCCUCGUAGCUUGCCCUCCUGUUGGACCUGUGGCCAGCGCUGCUUAUGUUCUGCAGAAAACGUCUUGGAGUACGGCACCUGCCUGUGCUGUGUGAAGGGUGUGUUCUACCACUGUUCUGCAGAUAAAGAGGACAGCUGUGUUGAUCGACCAUGCUCCUGUGCCCCAGCUCAUGCCUGCUCCCGUUGGAGUGCUAUGGCCUUCCUGGCUCUCUGCCUGCCUUGCCUCUGCUGCUACCCUCCUGCCAAGCUGUGCCUCACUCUGUGCCAGCGUGGCUACGAUCGUGCCACCCGUCCCGGCUGCCAAUGCAGCAACACCAACACUGUGUGCCGCACGAUCUCUGCCACCAACCCUGCGGCCUUUCGUAAAACCCUGGAAAAGCCUGUAUGACAGCAUGAAUGAGCCUCUUGCAAUCCUCCUUUCAAAGGAGACACCUCUGAUGCUGAAACAGCUGGGGAAUUCUGCUAAAUGAACUGACCAACUCUAAACAAAUCAGGCCUCCCUGCAUCAUGUCCAUCAUCAUGUAUCCCAUUUCCCUAUUUUUUUUAGUAAAUCCUUGUCUAUUUAUUUAUUUAUUAGACUUCCAGAAUAGAGUUGGGUAAUGUGAACCGUAUGUAACAUACAGGGAGUACGCUAUCAGAAUUAAUGCAGAGGCUGUACUGCUUAAAAUGAUCGUCCUAGACAUGGAAAGUUGUCAACAGACAUCAGCACUGAGUCUGUCUUCUUUAGCCUUACUGAAUGAAAAAAAACUGUAAGCAAGCUGGCUCAUUCUAGACUAUGUAAGUCAAUUGUGUUUGACACCAAAAAUGGGACCAUAAAAAAAAAUCUGAAUAUUAAGCUCACUUAAGAGGGAAGUGUUUCAAGAGAAGUGGUAAAAAGAGACAUUGUGUGCAUGAUUGUGUGUUAAGGAAGAAGAAGGAAAAAUGUGUGUGUGUGUAUGUGUGUGCAUAUGUGUAUGUGUGCAUAUAUGUAUGUGUGUAUGUAGUGCAGUCUCAGGACGGCAUCUGCUGACAGCAGAAGCCUCUUUUUUAUUUUUAGAGGAGCUACUCUGAAAGAUAAAGUGUCUGGUCAGGUUUCCAGCCCUGGGCAGCCUGACGCCAACCUCUCCCAAGCACUAUUACAUCCUCAACUCUCUUUUCCACUGGUGCCCCUUGUGCUUUCCAACUGCUCAACAACAGCGAUAGGAUCCUUGACUGUAUCUGCAUCCAACCACAUUGUGGGACCAAACAUCAAUAGGGACUGUCUGUCCAACUUUGACAGUGCUCUCAGGAUGAGAUACAAGCCAUUACUUUUGGAGAGCUCUUGGACAAAUUGGCCAAACAACCUGUAGGACCAUGCUUUAGAUUAACAUCAGAUCUGAGCAGUAUCAGCUAAAUGAAGCCAUUGUGGUUCCCUGGUUAUGCCAUACAUGGGACAUUAGCAUUUCUAAGGACUUUGCCUUUCCUCUGGUUCUCUGGUUGGCCCUGAAUGCUUCAUAGAAAAUGAGGUUAAUGGAGACUAGAGAUUAUGUCAUCUGACAGGAAGAAGGGAUUGAAUUGAGACAAGGUCUUAGUCACCUGGCCAGAACGAGGUGGAAUACAACACUUGGGAACGAGGUGAAACAUAUGCACUGACAUCCAAAACUGGGAAGCAAGUAAAACAAAACCUGUUUCAAGUGUGUGUGUUCAUCCCCAAUAAUGCACAUCUUUGUGAGUUCCUUUGCUAUAUUUUUGUAUGUACAUAGAAUUAUUAUUGUAUUUGUAUUUUUAUUCCAUUUGUUUUAAUCUGGUUAUUAUUACCUGUUUUCCUAUUACUGGACAUUAACCUUUUCAGAUAUCUGGCCAAUACUUAAGACUAACCAUAAGGCUGAUUUUGUGUUGUGGAGGAGAGGUCCCUUGUGCAUGGCACAGCAUUCCACCGCAGCAGUGUAAAUUACCCUACUAAAUCUUAAUAAUUAGGCUCUUUUUUGGUUGCCUGCAUCCAUUAUCAUAAAUUGUUACAUAAUUACAUCAAAACUGAUUUAAAUGUAAUUUUCAGACAAGGCCUAAAUAUCCUGAAAUAUACUUUCCACAAUUAUAUAAAAAAUAUAUCUGACAUUACCAAGUUAAGCCAUUACUGGUUUAGGUUACACACCAGCUUGCAGAGCCAAUUAUAUGUUUUUUUGUUUUUUUUUGUUUGUUUUUUUUACCAAUACAAUAUUUAUUGGCAUCAGAGACAAGCUUUCACAGGGUGAAACAGUGGAGAAGAUACCUCUCCUCCACAGUCACAUCCCAAAAGAAUGGCUUCUCUAAGAAGGGUCCAUGAUGUGGGAUUUCAGUGUGUAGGUACAUACAAUUUACAAGAAUGCCUAACUGGUGCUGUCCACAGUCUCUUAAGUUAACCACUAAAACUUCACCAUGUUGUAUUAGUAAGUAUUGCUUUGGUACAAUUGGCAUCUUGUAAGUUGUAAAAGAGUUAAAGAAAAAUAUAUAAACGUAUAUAUAUAUAUAUAUAUAUAUAUAUAUAUAUAUAUAUAUAUAUAUAUAUAUAUAUAUAUAUAUAUAAAAUUAUAAAAUUAUAUAUAUAUUUUACACUUUUUUGUUGCUGAUAUUAUCAUAAAACCACAGAUAUUUAUUUCAAUGAUUGAAAGGAAAGCUAUGUAUUUAUUUAGGGUGAAUGAUGAAAAGAAAUUAUAUUAAAAGACCCAUGUAAUGAUUUCAGCCUUUUCAGAGUGGAUUGGUGGGUGUGGCCAUAAGGCCAUGGAUAAUAAAUAAAACAUUUUUAAAAUAA